AAGAUUUUUUAAAGAACACUUAAUAAAAAGAUGCUUCGAUCACGUUCUCAAAGCAGCUUGUAUGAGCAAGAAGCGAAGUUUGUACAAGAUCGCAUAACUGGCGUGGAAAAAUACUUCGCCGAGCUGUGCUCAAUAUUCGCGGCGUUCACCAGAAAAGCUGCCAGAUUGCGUGAUAAAAGCGAUGAAGUGGCUAAAAUAAUACAAACUUAUGCAGAUUCUGAAGUUAUAAAUCGAUCAAUGAGCGCCGGACUAGCAAAUUUUUCUGCAACAUUAUCAGUCAUCGGUGAUUAUAGAGAUGCGGAAGUACAAAGAUUGGAUUCCAAAGUGAUUGUACCUCUUUCGCAAUAUGCAAUAAUUUGCAAACAUGCCCGCGAUGAUGUAAAAAACACAUUUGCAGCACGCGACAGAGAACUUACAAGACGAAGACAUUUGGACAAAGUUCGAGAAAGAAAUCCCAGAAAUCGUCAAAUGAUAUCUCAAGCUGAGUCGGAGCUAACGAAAGCGUCCAUCGAAGUAUCCCGAGUGGUAAAAGGUCUGGAGGAACAAAUCGACUCAUUCGAACGACGAAAGUUGCACGAUUUGAAAUCUAUACUUUUAGAUUUUGUCACUGUCGAAUUGAGCUUUCAUACAAAAGCCCUCGAGCUUCUGACCAAAGCAUAUCAAGAUGUUGCAGCUAUUGACGAAGUUAAAGAUAUUGAGGAAUUUCGAGACACAUUACGAGUUCCCGAUUCUGUUGCAAGAUUAGACACGGUGGGCAGAACUUCAUUUCGACAGGCUUACUCGUUAACGAACUUAGCCACUCGAUUCGCAUCUUCGCCCUUGGCGUCACAGAAAUUAGCUAAUCGAGGAACCGAAUCUGCUGAUUCUAUACGAACUGCGUACACAAAUUCUUCAGAGUCGGUUCAAGUUGAAGAAUAUCCAGAUAGCACAGAAGAAACGGAAUCAGAAUCAAUUCGAGAGAAGCCUGUGAGAACUAGGCAGAAAUCUAUGUAAUUUCAAUCAUUCUUUUAAUAUUUUGCAUUUUUAUCUUUUUAGAAAAGAGUAUCAAAACACACUGGAUACAAAGUAAAGAAACACUUCAUUCUCAGACCCGUCCCAGCAAUUCCUACAUGUCAGAAGUCUUUAAUGUCAUCUAUAAUAUAUCGCAUACCUUACAGAUUGAAUCAAACAAAGUAAACAUUUUCUUACACUUGCUUAUUUGUAUUAAUUUAAGCGUCCUUGUAUGCACAAUAUUGUUUUAAAGAGAUAAGAGAAACAUUGAGAUAAAGAUAAUAUAUAAGAAUCAAUGUAACCAACAUUCCAUUGAAGUUAAGUAACCUAAUUAUUAUAUUGGUUUAGUCGAUAUC